AUGUCUGACCUCUCGAGCAAAUACGUCCUCCAGACUGCUGGCUUCGACGCCCGCUUCCCCAACCAAAACCAGACGAGGCAUUGCUUCCAGAACUACACCGACUACUUCAAGUGCAUCGCCGCCAAGGGUGAGGACUACGCUCCCUGCAAGCAGUUCAAGCGGGCGUACAACUCUCUGUGCCCCAACGAAUGGAUCGCCAAGUGGGAUGAGCAGCGCGAGAACGGCACCUUCCCCGCCUCUCUCGAGCCUUGA